AGGUGGGCGCUGGGCGGGCGGCGGCGGCGGUCCUGCGUGGCGUCGUGGCCUUCCCCGCUCUGCUCAGGGCUGUAGGUGCCACUGAGGUAAAGAGUUAAAGGAGCUCCAAUGGCAGCAAAAGCAAACUCCCCUGUUACAGCAGGAUCUAUCAUUGUCCCUUAUGGACAUGUAAUUGGAAAUGAAAAAUGGAGAGGGUCAGAAAUAUCCCAAAGGCUACAAGGGAAAAUUAAGCUCAUUGUUGAAGAUGGCUUGGGACUUGUGGAUUUCCAUCUUUCAAACAAAACUUGCAUUUUAUAUGUUUCUGAAGCAGAUUUGGUGGCAGGAGAUGAAUUCAAACGAAGAUUGGUUCGGUUUAGGAAUGCUAGCAGUCUUGUUGGAAUUGUAAUUGUUGAGAGAACUCAGAUAAGUGAUCAGUACUUCUUAGCAGUACAAAAGCUUGUCGUGCUAGAACUUGGAAUGGUGUUGCUUCCUGUAGCAAAUCAAGGAGAAGCUUCUCAACUUAUUAUUCAGCUAGUCCGUGAACAAAGUAAGGAUCACAAUAGUAACCCCUUUCUUCGUAAACAGUGUUCUCAUCUAGCAGAUGCAUCAGUGUUUCGGACGGUGCAGCAAAUUCCAGGAGUUGGGAAAACAAAAGCUCUGCUUCUGCUGCAACAGUUUGGAAGCAUCCACAGACUUUGCAAUGCAUCUGUCAAAGAGCUUGAGCUAGUAGUUGGACAAACAGUAGCACAACAAGUUUAUACUUUCUUUACCUUAUGUUCCUGACGUGCGUGUGUUAACACUUUCUCUUUUGGAACAUGAAGACUUUUUUUGUGUUCCUUGUGAACUCUUUAAGACUUUGUUUUUAAUAAUCACAUAUGAUAAUCCUAGUUAAAAACUGAAGGGUGUUGACUAACCAUCUGGAGAUUACUUUUCCCCUUUAUAGCUAUUCUGCUCAUGUAGGUAGAGCUGCAAUCUUACCUUGGAACAAGGGCUGUAAAAUGUUUCGCAUCUAUCUUUUAUGAACAAUUGAAAGCUGUCUCUUUUUCAGUAAUCACAGAAAAAACAUUUCGGUACUUAUUUUUGUCUUCCAGAAAUAAACACUUUUGUUAAUAAUGCAGCUGAUGUUUCCUGAGAAUAUACUCUACAAUUUAGUGUUCGCCUACCUGUCUUUAAGCAGAAUAUAUUAUCUUCUCAGUAACGAGAAAUGGGAGACAGUUACAGUAUUUAAAAGAGCCUAUAGGCUUCACACUAUAAUGAGCUGGUAAACAGAGAUGCUAGGUGAAACCUAUCAUAUAACACACCUUUGAUAAAACGUUAGCAUGUUACCAAUUACUUUAAAAAAUAUUUUGAGUAUCUUCAUUUUUUUAAGUAUAUAUUUUCCUGGAAUUACAUCAUGUAACACUGUUAAAGAUGCAAUUUAGAUAGGACAAUUUAAUUAUUUCUUAGUUGAAUUCUAAGGUGAAACUUUCACUUCAUCUAAUUGUCAGAAAAACCUGGAAUGCUCAGGAAAAUUAAACUCUUGCCAAUUAUGGUUUCAAAAUGCUUCUGCCAAAUGUAGACUUGUGUUAUUACAUUCAAUGAUACAUAGUAAACACACAUGCGAAGCUGAUUGCUCUUUAUAUACCUCUUGUACUCCUUAAUGGGAGUGUGAGAUUAUGAAUUAAAACAGUCUUAAAAGUGUACAGCAAUACUGAUUGUGUAUGUGUAUAUAUCUUACCCCAAACUGUGCUUUAUUUCAUCAGAGUUUGAGAUAGAGGUAAUAAUAGUAUCAUCCUACCUUAUGCUUUAAAGUAAUUGAUGAUAAGCACAGAUAAUUUUUCAGGAACUUUUAGGUGAGGAUGGAUU